CAAUUUGCCAAAGCUGCAUUUGUCGUUUCCGGUGUUGGUGUGUUACCAGCUGAGUUAUUUGGAGAGAGGUGACGAUACAUGGCAAAUAGCUGCAGGGGAUACUUUACAGGGGUUUCUGCAAAUUUAUGAAGACGAUCUUCCAAAUGGAAGAGACAAAAGAAAGCUUGAUAUUUAAAGGUGUUGCUGAGAGACUGACGCUUGGCAUCACUCGAAUACUCGAGAACAUGCCUGGUGUGGUCGAUGUGCGUUUUGUAGAGAGGGAGCCUGCAGAGAAGAGGAGCCUGCUGUCAUGGGAACAGAAAAACACUUGUAUUUUGCCAGAGGACCUGCGAGAUUUCUAUCUGACAACGGAUGGAUUUACACUAACCUGGAGCGUUAAACUAGACAGUGAGUGUGUUCCCCUAGGAUUGAUGAUGAUUAACAGUGUGGCUAGGCUGUGCCCACUCCUCCAACCAGUAUCAUUAUUCUCUCUACCCAAUGCACCAUCACUGGCUGACCUGGACUGGGAGGAGAACAACACAGAAAGUGGGACAGGGCAUGCUCCCGCUGCGCCCCAUUUUGAUUCCCGUUGCCGCAUCUUCGAGCUGGAUUCCUGUGGUGGGAACGGCAAAGUGUGUCUAGUCUACAAAAACUGCACUCCAGGUGUGGUAGCCCAGCAGAGUGAAAUUUGGUUCCUUGACCGCUCGCUGUGUUGGCAUUUACUGACAGCAACCUUCACCUCCUACUACCGACUGAUGAUCACCUACCUGGGUCUGCCUGAGUGGCAGUAUGCCUUCACCCCAUAUGGCCCUAGCCCCCAGGCCAAGCAGUGGGCAUCGCUGUACCAGCCACUGACUUUCAGCAGUGAACUCAGCUUGGCUGAUCCUGCUGGAGAUUCCCAUCUCAACAAGCUGGAUCCUACAAAGGCCUUCAAAGGCAAAGCCAAGACACCCAUCCCCAAGAAGAAGCAGUCCACACAGUGCAGUUUAGGGAGCACUGCAAAGAGCCAAGGCAGCACAGGAAGACACAGUGGGGGAAAGCGGUGAGAAUGUUUCCACCCAAGGAAACAUUUCAACCAACUUUACUGUCUAUACAACCAAGCUUAGAGCAGCUAGCAAUUCCAUCAUUGGCUGGAUUUGGUGUGUUAGCAGCUCUACGCUCCAUUAGAGCAUAUGGUGUGAAACUAAGUUUGAAAUGCUGCAUGUCUAAAUAGAUACAUAGCCACUGUUUCCCUCAGCUCAACACAGGGAUAAAGUGGUAACCAGCUGUUGGAGGCAAUAUGGCAUGUAAAAAGGUGCUUUUUUUAACCUUGUUUAUGUGUUAGAGGUUUCACGCAGUAAGAGCAAUUUUUCCCCCAACCUGUAAAAUGACACUAUUUUGGCCUGUCAUAUAUUUCAAAACACAAGAGACAUUAUGCUAAUCAUCAUUUUUGUGUUUACCUUUCACUGCUAUGUGUUAGUGGUGGAGAAAUGAGGCUGUCUGAAACACUGACGCUUUCCAGCAAACUGCAUCACCAAUAGAUUAAUUAUUCAAAGCCUCAUAUAACAGUGUUAACUAGUGACACUUAGUGGUAAAAAUAACUAAAAGCAGCCAAUUCAUAAAAUAUGAUUAUGUGCUUCUGCCGCAUGACAAAUAAUCCUAAGGGACACAGU